GGCUGGAGUGGGUGUUGGUGUGUUUGAUGACUGACUAAACGAGGACGUCAAUGUUUGAAGAGGUGGGAUGACACAAAAGCAGUCCAGGGUGACCGAGUGGUUACUUAAGCAGGAUUUUGACCUCACCGCCCCCCUUGGAGGAAGUGAUCCCACUUUGCAGAUGAGGAAACGGAAACGAGGCCUCUGAGCUGGCGAAUCACCCGGGUCAGCCAGCAGAGCCCGCAUUCCACACAGCCGUCUUGCUCCUCCUCCAGGAAGUCCUCCGUGAUGCCUCCAGACUCCACAGGCCGCAUGGGCCUGGGGUAAGGCCGCUCCACGCAGUUGGCUCACACCUGGCGCUCCAGAAACGCUUGCUGGCCGACUCCGAGAGAGAGGGCAAGGCGACCACCCUUUGUGGGUGCUCUCGCCUCUGGACCCCCUUCUCUGAGGCUCCAAGACAGGAAGCAACGUGCCCAGGGUCACUCGGCCAGCCUGGGGGUGACUCUGUGCUGAAGGAGGGGUGGGGUCACCCUCGGCCAAUGCCCAGUCCUGCCCCAAGGCGGGGGACGCCCCAGCGGCCAUCUUGUGCCCGGCCCUCCUCCCUCUCGCUCCGCCGGCCCCGCUGAUUGGCCCACCCUGCGGCCUCUGGCCACCUGUCGCUGUCUGUCUUGGGGCCACCCUCCCCGCGCUCCAUCCCGUCCACCAGGCCCGGCGCCACGGCUGCGGGCAGGGGCCCAGCGAGUGAGGACGCCUCCUCCUUGUCCCCCCAGCCCCGCUGUGGACCCGCUGCUGCCCAGACGUCGCCAUGACAACCAGGGCCGUGGAGGAGCUGGACGGUGGCCUUGGCAGCUGCCAGCCGAGCGAGGACCUCCCCACGCUGGCUGAGCUCUGCCCAGGCCAGCCCCCCGAGGACCGGGCUCGAGCAGCGACGCCCAGGCUGGCCGACUCCGGCGGCUGGCCCCACGACUCCCGGGAGGCAGCAGCUGAGGGCAGCCCAGAAGGCAAAGUGGAUGCCAGGCCCAAGAAGACAGAAAAGGAGCCUGUGGCCAAAGAGGCCCCAGGACCCGGGAAGGAGAAGCUGAAAGCAGCCCCCCGGAGCCCCGCGCGCAAGAAGGCGCAGAGUGCGCCGCCCCCGCAGCCGCCGCCGCCGCCGCCGGCCCUGAGCGAGGAGCUGCCCUGGGGGGACCUGUCGCUCAACAAGUGCCUGGUGCUCGCGUCCCUCGUGGCGCUGCUGGGCUCGGCUCUCCAGCUGUGCCGCGACGCCGUGGCUGGGGAGGCGGUCGCCCCUGCGCCUGUCCCUGAGCCGUGGGUCCCGCCGGGCUCGGCCCCCAAGGAGCCAGCGUCGCCCUUGCCGAAGCCCGUGGCCUGGGCGCCCCCAUCGGGGCCGCCUGCGCCCCAGGUGGAGGCAGAGAGGCCCGGGGUUCCCGUGAGCAGGGAGGCUGCCGAGCAGGACGAAGGUGAGCCUGCGGAGGAGCGCGCAGCCGUCGCCGACCGAGGGUCCAAGGAGAGGCCACGGAAGCAGAGGGCGCGGAAGGAGAGAGCGCGGAAGGAGAAGAGGCCGCGGAAGGAGAGGCCGCAGAAAGAGGAGAGGCCACGCGCCGCCAGGGAGCCCCGGGGAGCCCUACCCCGGCGCUGGGAGGCACGUGACGCCGGCCGUCGGCCAUGGGCGCGGGACUCCGGACACCCCGAGCACGGGAAGAGGCCGGCCUGGGCCUCCCCACGGCGCCCCAACGAGGAGGACCGGCCUCCGGGCCGCCAGAAGGCCCGCGCGGGCAAGGGGCGGGACUGAGCCGGAUCCCGGGACCCCUUCUCGGAGGCCCCGUGGUUCCAGUAAAAUAAAGCGAGCGAGCGGCUCCGCGUCGCCUGCUCCUUUGCGCUUCUAA